AUGUCCGACUUCUCCGGCGUCUCACUCAAAGGCAAGACCGCGAUCGUCACCGGUGCCUCCAGGGGCAUCGGCGCGGGAAUCGCCAUUCUCCUAGCCAAGCGUGGCGCCAACGUCGUCGUCAACUACGUCUCAGAGGGCAGCAAGAAACGCGCCCAGGAAGUAGCAGACGAGAUCACCAAGAUCGGAACAAAGGCCGUUCUAUGCCAGGCGAGCGUCAGCAACCUGGACGAGAUCCCUCGGCUGGUGAACGCUGCGCUGGGGAUCAGCGAGACGGGGAAGAUUGAGAUUCUGAUCCACAAUGCCGCCCAAGGCCUCGAAGCCAACCUCAUCGAUACCACCCCGGAGUUCUACACAACCCACUUCGACUGCAAUGUCCGCGGCCCGAUCUUCCUCACCAAGGCCGCCGAGCCCUUUCUUCCCAAAGGCGGCCGGAUCGUGUUUAUCUCAUCGGCUGGCGCGCGGCUCGGCGUUGCAGGGCAGACCGUGUACGCCGCCACCAAGGCCGCCGACGAGGCGCUGGUCCGGGUCUGGGCGAAGGAGCUGGGUCAGUCGCAUGGCAUUACAGUGAACUGCGUGAAUCCUGGGCCUGUUGCAACUGACCAGUGGUUCCAGAGCGAUGAGCAGUUCCUGAAGGAUAUGCAGCCCUUGAUUGAAUCUACCCCUGCGGCUCCGAGAGUGGGAGAGGUGGAUGAUGUUGCGCCCUUGGUUGCGUUCUUGUGUAGUGAGGAUGCGAGGUGGACGACUGGGGCUUGUCUGUCUGCGAAUGGGGGACUUUACAAUUAG